AUGGCGGAGCACUCUCGGUGGUAUGAACGCGAUGCCAGCGACGACGCUGCCACGCAUCGCGGUGCUGGCAGUGUCCGUCGCCCGGACGGCUACGCACCUAAGCGCCACACACCUCGAGAGUACUUCGACGACCGCGACUCUCGCUACCCAUCACCGCCUUCGUCGCCCUCCUCAUCGUCGAGAGGCGGUGCCAUGUCGCUCUCCAGCAUGAUGGACUCCGAGCCUCCGGCUCGCCGUGCGCCUGCCAUGCCGUCCGGCCGCGUCGUCGCUCGCGACGAGCCGGCUCCUGCGUACGGGCCGUCAUCGAGCAGCCGUCCUGGCGGCAUGCCGCGCCACGCACAGUCACGGUCGCGCUCGCCGGACCUUGCGCCUACCAGAGAGGCCUCUCGGCCAGCUCCGGCUCCGGCUCCAGCGCCCGUGCGCUUCCCCAUGAAGAGUGCGCCGCCUGCGCAGGUCAAGCGCGCGCUCUCCUCGAAGACGUCGCUCGUCAACCCGCUGCUGUCGCCUCCGGCAGGCGUCGUGCCCAGCUCGCGCUCCAGCUGGUUCACGUGCCCAAGCAUCCGGCACAACCUGCGCGAGCACGGCGGCGCCGACGCCCGGCGCGAGCCACGCCUCUGCCUCGUCGUCGUGCAGCAGCCGACGGACGCGCUCGGCGUCGGCGACGGGCCUGCCGUGUUCAAGCAGGCACGCAAUGUGCCGCUCGACCCGCCGCCGAUCUGCCAGCUCGUCAUGGAGCACCCCGACGACUGCUCGUACCUGCAGCUGCCCGAGGUCAGCCUGCGUGCACAUCUCGUCGAGGCAGAUGCACCGUGCACGCCAGUGGAGCCGCGCAUCAACAACGAGGCGCCGCUCAUCAAUGGCAUCCACGAGAGCGCCUUUGUUGCGCCCGUCACCACGACGGCUGUGCAGAGUCUCUUCAUCUUCACUGAGAUCGGCGUGCGCUGCGCCGGCAAGUACCGGCUGCGCUUCGACCUCGUCGACCGUGUCGGCCUGAGCUUCAAGCGUCUAGCCUCUGUCUACACCGACGUCUUUCAGGUGCACGGCGAUCGGCGAGACUUUCCCGGCCUGCAGCGCUCGACGGACCUGAUGCGUGCCGUCGCGCGUCGUGGCCUCAAGGUCCGGAUCAUCGACGCACAGCCUUCCAAAGGCGCGAAGCGUCGCAGGAUGGAUGCCCCUCAAGAGAUGGCCAGGGUCGUCGAGGACCGCACCAUCGACGAGCGCAGCGCCGGGACCCAAGCAUAUUCGUAUGCGUCGCGCGGCCAGCCUCAUCCGCCGCCACUGCCGCCGCUCUGGCGCACCUCGGAGCCGUACAUGCCGCCGCCUCCGCACACGAGCUCGUCGUGGCGCUCGAUGCAAGCAACGGAUGCUCGCACGCAGCAACCCGGAAGCAGCCUGCGCGACGCGCCGGAGGCCGUGAUGAGUCCUCACGCCGGCAGCACAUGGUCCGGCCCGUCCUACGCGCCCUCGACGUUCAUGUCGUCUGAGCACUCGGCGCGGAGCUCGUCGAGUGCCUCAAGCAUGAGCCCCCAAGAGCCGCCGUACCGCUCGCUCUACUCGUCAGUCGCACACAUGUCGCCGCCGCGCCGCGAGGCCUUGCCUUACAAUGCGCCUCGUCCGCCGUCCAGCAGCAGCCGAGGCAGCGUCCGCGGCGCCGAGGACAGCGACCUGCAGGCGCCGCCGCCCGGCUCCAUCUUUGCCCACUCGUCGCGGCCGAUCCGACCAAUAUACCCCUCGCACGCCUUGCCUGCACCGAGGUAA